UGCCUAAUAUCGAGGGGAAGACUAACGCAGCCAAAUUCGCUAGACAAGGGACACACAAACUAGUGUGUGCUGCGAACAACGUCUUGCAUGCGUUCACAAUGAAGUUCUCGGUGUUCUCCCCGUGGAGACCCUUCUUAUUGAUUUCACUGGGUUUAUUUCUACUAUGCGAGGCCCAAGUGAACACUGAGAUUCAGGCUGGGCCCCUGUAUCGUGUGGUCGGCUCUCUGCUCUCCAUCUCCUGCAACGCAAGUGGAUUUUCCAACCCCAAUUCUAAAAAAGAUUUUGAGAUUCGCAUGAAAGAUCCUGCAAAGCCCUUUCAAGAAAUCAAUGUCAUGAGCACCAGAGAGUCAGACUUUAGCUAUGCUCGUUUUUCGUCUCGUAUACGAAAAAAUGAGAUUUCUAUCAAACAUGUUGAUUCAAACUCAAUCAUAUUUGAAAUACAAUACCUACAGAAGGAGGAUGACGGGGAAUAUGAAUGCACCGUAGUCAAUCCAGAAUAUACAUACAAUGGAGUCUACUCUGCAAAGACAGUCGUUAAAGUGAUUGACAAUUCCCUAAGUGUUACAUCCACUGACCCCCCCACCUCACUGAGCUAUAACGAAGGGGAAGCUCUCUCUUUGACAUGCCAAGCCUCCACCAACACCAUCCAGCACGUCCAUCUGGCUUUCGCCUGGUACCUCCAUAAAGAAGGGGCACAAGACGCUAAACCGAUCAUUUCUUUGGACAGAGAUUUCACACUGGCUCCAGGUGAGGAUUUUGAGCGGCGCUACAGAGAUGAAGCCAUUAGAUUAGACAAAUUAGAUGAGGCCACGUACAGGCUUAAUAUUGCUGAGCUUGAGCAGUCAGACCAGGGUCAGAUCUACUGCCAAGCUCAGGAGUGGAUCCAAGAUCCUGAUCGUUCCUGGUACAAGAUUUCUCAGAAGGAUGCAGAGAAAAUUCCCCUCACAGUCAAAGCAAAAGUGGUGACAGGCAUGUCGGCUGUGCAAGUGAGUAUUUCGGCACAGAAUCCAGUCCAGGAGGGGCAGGAGCUGUUGCUUUCUUGUGGCAUAAAUGCACAGAACCUCGCAAAACGGUUCUUCUCCGUAGCGUGGCUCUGGAACGGAACUGAGCUGGCCAAAAUCGGCCCUACAGGCAUUCUGACUGUGAGGCAAGAAUAUAUCGACAGAGAGAGAAAUGGAGAGCUAAAAGCCACGCGGACUGGGAAUAAUAACUACCAACUCAGGAUAAAGCCAGUGAAAACUACGGAUAAAGGGAGUUACAGCUGCAGGGCAUGGCCAGAGGAGAGAGGAGAAGACGGAAACUUUAAUCAAGGAGCAGAUCAAGACUCCCAGCCCAUGGACAUCAACAUCUAUACUCCAGAAAGUGGACUCUCAGUCAAAAUGGAUAACGUGAUGCAACCUCCUGCUCCAGGAGAGAAAUUAAAGCUUAUUUGUGAAGCUGAUGGGGUCAAAGGUCAGCUCUCUGUCACCUGGGACCGCAAGGCCUCACUUUCCACGUCGUCUUUGUUUGCCAACGUCAUCAGUCUAAAUGAGAACGGUGUCACAGAUAAAGCAGGGGCUUUUGCAAGUCGUGAGGUGAGAGUGACGCGUCCGACGACGAACAAAUUUGUCUUCGAGCUGGCUGAUGUUACAGAGCUUGAUUCGGGUACCUAUAAGUGCACUGUCUCUGAAACGCAACCCAACGGCAGAAUCCAAAGCCAGACGACAAAUGUCAACGUCAAUGUGAAGUCUAUUGAGUCAGCGGUAAAGAUGGCACUGAGAAAUCGAGAGCCUACGGUGACUGUGGGAAACGACGUACAAUUAAUGUGCAAAGUAUCAGGUCCACGUGUGCCGAUGACUCUUACUUGGAGCAAGGAGACAGAAGACUCCAACCUAAAUACCAUAGUGGUACUAUACUCAAAUGGUUCCAUCAGCUGGUCUGGAGACCAGUACCGUUACCAAGUGCAGGUGGACAACCAGGGUAACACCGUCAUGCACAAUCUGAAAAUCCUUCGUGCCAGCCACAGGGAAGCAGGGAAAUACCAAUGUAUGGUGUCAGUUUUCCAGCAUAACGUUUACAAAAAGCUUCCUCCAUCCAAUCUGGUGAAUGUGCAAGUGCAAAAUCCAGCAAGCAAACUUGCCAUAUCUUCCAAUCACAUCAUUGUCCAAAGAAUAAAUACUGACAUACAAAUUGAUUGCAAAGUUACCUCAAGAACAUCUGAGUUUUCUCUAUACGCUGUCACCUGGGAACUUCAACAAGAUGCUGGAAGUAGGACCAUUCUGACCUCAGACCUUAAUGGCAUCAUUACGUUUGGGAAACAGAUCAAAGAGAGUGACAUGAAACGGAUCAGCAUGAAGCACACUGAAGGACCUACUUUUGAACUAACUAUUCAGCAAGUCAGAAUUUUAGACAAAGGCAUUUAUAUGUGCAAGGUGGAGGAGUACCAACAAGAUCCCUGGGGAGAAUGGUAUUUACUCUCAGAAAAAAAUUCGACCACAACCGUUAAUGUCAUUGAACCAGCAAAACAAUUGUCCGUUGGAAAAAUGGAGGCAGAGAUGAACAUAACCAUUGCAGAGGAUUUCUCCAUUCCCUGUCACAUCACCCAACAAUCCAGCAAUGAAUCCCAGUUCCACGUCACAUGGUUUCGGCAGCAAGGCACCGAAGAUAAAACCAUAUUCACAGUUUACAGAAAUUCUACCUUAAAAGCCAGCAACAAGAAUGCCGUUGUAAGAUAUGAUCACCCCUCCCCUCGCCAAUUUGACCUUACGGUUUUAAAGUCCAAUGCGGAAGACAGCGGCAUGUAUUUCUGUGAGGUAGAGGAGUGGAUUCACGCUCCUGGUGACGGGUGGCAGAAGCAUGCAGUGGAAAAGUCUGGAAAUUUGAACGUGACUGUUGCUGCAGAGGGGCACGCCAAAGCCACGACUGAUCUGACAUGGCAAGCCACUACUUGGAUACCAAUAUAUGCAAUAACUGUCUUAAUCGGCUUAUGCAUCAUAACAAUUCUCUCGUGCAAGCUGUGCAGGAAAAAGACUCCAGGAGAAAAGAAAUCAGGUCAUCCUCUCUGGACGGAACAGGUCCCCCUGGACAUAAACUCUUAGCUCUGAAUCAGUGAAACUAGAGCAAUGUACAGACAAGUAAAUCUCUUAUUAUGUCUAAGAAGGAUAUGAAAAAGUUUUUAAAAUGUAAACUUUUGUUUUUUACUUUGAACAUUUUUUUUAUUAUUAUUAAAUCUGCUAUGACUGUUACAGAAAAAAAAAAGUUUUACUUUCUAUGCCGGUGGGCAUAUCUUAGCUUUUAUGAACAAUUAAAAUGAGUUACUACUCUGAAAUGAAACAAGCAUUUCUCAGAUUGGAGCUAAAGUCUCUCUACACACUCAUUUUUUUUUUUUUUUUCAGUUUCAAACUGGAAGUUGAGGUAGACAGCAGAUUUUGUUUGUGGUUGUGCAGCUUCAAAAACAUUCUUAUUUUAUGUUACAAAGUGUAAAAACUGUGGAUUUUUUUUGUUCUUUUUUUAUUGGAAAUCAUCUGAAACUUUGCAUGUCCCGACCAGCAGCAUGUCAUGAAAUGUGGUAAUAUUUGAAAUCCUUGCAAAAAAAAAAAAAAAAAGAAGAAGGGGAAGUUUUCUGCGGUUGUGCAUAUGAUGGUAGACACUAUGCAAGCAGCUUUUGUGACAGACAUUCUCACAAUCGUUACAUCUUUUUCUUUUUUCUUUUCUUUUUGUUUUUGAGAAAGACCCAGGCUUGCAAGGCAGUGUGGGUUAAAACCUGCAUGUGUGCACAUUAGCGCUUCUCUUAUUUUGCAACUCUGAUGACCAAAUCUGAUGAUGUUAACAUUUCUUAUGCAAGUCAUUCAGCUCACUGUGUUGCUGAGAGACAGAGUGGGUGUUUGUGUAACCUGUUUCUUGUGGCAAUGACUUUAUUUAAUAUUUACAUUUUUUCAAAUAAAAGCAUUUCUGGAAUUGACACAGCAUAGUUUUCACAUCCGUGUUGGUUUAACCCACAAACAGCAGCUUCUGUCAAAAUAGCCAACAUUUGCAGGUGCCUACAUGCAUGUUAACUCAGCAUGCUUAUGUUACAAUACUAGCUUUUUUUUUUAAAUCCAAACAAAUGAGAUCAUAUCUGAUUUUUUUUUUUUUUAAGGACUAAUGUCACAUUGUUGCAUUGAUUAUUGCUACAGCAUUAUCACAAGUCUGCCUAAAAUGUCACUCGGACAGCGUCAGCUGAUCAAGAACGCUUCUAUUCGUGUUCUCACUAAAACCAGGAAGACAGAGCAAAUCACCAAAGUUUUAAAGUUCUUACACUGGCUUCCCAUAGCUCCAAGAAUAGACUUUGAAAUACUUUUACUAGAUUAUAAAAUCACUGAAUGGCUUAUCACCAAAAUACAUUAAAGAUCUGUAGUUGUUGUUUAAUCUGAAAAGGAUUAAAAUUAUGUUUAAUAGUUAAUAAUUAUGUUGUCUGGUUGUUUUGAACUACAGCAUGUUUU